CCGCCACACAAGGGAGACAGCAACAGACCUGGCAUGAUUCAGCGACCUAAUCACAGCAGGUACUGAGAACAGCACCCUCCACCAAGUAAAGGCGAACGCGAGGCUCGAAGAGGCCGGGAAUGCCUGACCAGCCAGCCAGCACCCCACCCAGCAUUAAUCAGAGGGGUCCAGACGGUGCCCUGGCUCUGGGCCCCCAGCCCCACCCCCGCCCUCUCACAGCCAGAGUGGGAGUGUUGUGAUAACCCGCAGCCCCCGUUUCCUCCGGGCCAGGAAGGAGCCAAGCAGAGGAAGUAUUAAGAGGAGUAAUAUAAGCACUCUCCCCUGCGAGGCGGGGGCCACAGCAGGCCGGGUGGCGAGCAGGGACGGUGCACCGGACGGCGGGAUCGAGCAAAUGGGUCUGGCCAUGGAGCACGGAGGGUCCUACGCUCGGGCGGGGGGCAGCUCUCGGGGCUGCUGGUAUUACCUGCGCUACUUCUUCCUCUUCGUCUCCCUCAUCCAAUUCCUCAUCAUCCUGGGGCUCGUGCUCUUCAUGGUCUAUGGCAACGUGCACGUGAGCACAGAGUCCAACCUGCAGGCCACCGAGCGCCGAGCGGAAGGCCUAUACAGUCAGCUGUUAGGCCUCACGGCCUCCCAGUCCAACUUGACCAAGGAGCUCAACCUCACCACCCGCGCCAAGGAUGCCAUCAUGCAGAUGUUGCUGAGCGCCCGCCGCGACCUGGACCGCAUCAAUGCCAGCUUCCGCCAGUGCCAGGGUGACCGGGUCAUCUUCACGAACAAUCAGCGGUACAUGGCUGCCAUCAUCUUGAGUGAGAAGCAAUGCAGAGAUCAAUUCAAGGACAUGAACAAGAGCUGCGAUGCCUUGCUCUUCAUGCUGAAUCAGAAGGUGAAGACACUGGAGGUGGAGAUAGCCAAGGAGAAGGCCAUUUGCACUAAGGAUAAGGAAAGCAUGCUGCUGAACAAACACGUGGUGGAGGAACAGCUGGCUGAAUGCGUGAAAACCCGGGAGGUGCAGCACCAAGAGCGCCAGCUGGCCGAGGAGCACCUGCAAAAGGUGCAAGCCCUCUGCCUGCCCCUGGACAAGGACAAGUUUGAGAUGGAUCUUCGUAACCUGUGGAGGGACUCCAUUAUCCCACGCAGCCUGGACAACCUGGGUUACAACCUCUACCAUCCCCUGGGCUCAGAAUUGGCCUCCAUCCGCAGAGCCUGCGACCACAUGCCCAGCCUCAUGAGCUCCAAGGUGGAGGAGCUGGCCCGGAGCCUCCGGACGGGUAUCGAACGCGUGGCCCGCGAGAACUCGGACCUCCAACGCCAGAAGCUGGAAGCCCAGCAGGGCCUGCGGGCCAGUCAGGAGGCAAAACAGAAGGUGGAGAAGGAGGCUCAGGCCCGGGAGGCCAAGCUCCAAGCCGAAUGCUCCCGGCAGACCCAGCUAGCGCUGGAGGAGAAGGCGGUGCUGCGGAAGGAACGAGACAACCUGGCCAAGGAGCUGGAAGAGAAGAAGAGGGAGGCGGAGCAGCUCAGGAUGGAGCUGGCCAUCAGAAACUCGGCCCUGGACACCUGCAUCAAGGCCAAGUCGCAGCCGAUGAUGCCAGUGUCAAGGCCCAUGGGCCCUGUCCCCAACCCCCAGCCCAUCGACCCAGCUAGCCUGGAGGAGUUCAAGAGGAAGAUCCUGGAGUCCCAGAGGCCCCCUGCAGGCAUCCCUGUAGCCCCAUCCAGUGGCUGAAGAGGCUCCAGGCCUGAGGACCAAGGGAUGGCCCGACUCGGCGGUUUGCGGAGGAUGCAGUGAGAUGCUCACAGCGCCCGACACAACCCCCUCCCGCCGCCCCCAACCACCCAGGGCCACCAUCAGACAACUCCCUGCAUGCAAACCCCUAGUACUCUCUCUCACACCCGCACCCGCGCCUCACGAUCCCUCACCCAGAACACAUGGCCGCGGAGAUGACGUCAUGCAAGCACCGGCGCUGACGUCACAUAUCACCGUAGUGAUGGCGUCACGUGGCCAUGUAGACGUCACGAAGAGAUAUAGCAAUGGCAUCGUGCAGAUGCAGCACGUUGCACACAGACAUGGGGAACUUGGCAUGAUGCCACACCGGGAUGCAGCAAUGACGUCACGGGCCACAUUGACAUCACACAUCAUAUCAAUGUCACACAGACGCGGCGAUGGCAUCACACAGAUGGUGAUGAUGUCACACACAGACACAGUGACAACACACACCAUGACAAUGACACCUAUAGAUACGGCACCAACAUCACAUGCACGCAUGCCCUUUCACACACACUUUCUACUCAAUUCUCACCUAGUGUCACGUCCCCCCGACCCUGGCACACGGGCCAAGGUACCCACAGGAUCCCAUCCCCUCCCGCACAGCCCUGGGCCCCAGCACCUCCCCUCCUCCAGCUUCCUUGCCUCCCAGCCACUUCCUCACCCCUAGUGCCUGUACCCGGAGGUGAGAACAGGAAGCCAUUCACCUCCGCUCCUUGAGCGUGAGUGCUUCCAGGCUCCCCUCGGGGCCCUGAUCCGGGGGUGAGGGUCACCUGUUGUCGGGAGGGGAGCCACUCCUUCUCCCCCACUCCCAGCCCUGCCUGUGGCCCGUUGAAAUGUUGGUGGCACUUAAUAAAUAUGAGUAAAUCCUCCAAA